AUGGAACGUAAGGGAGAGAAGAGUCCACCCAAGGCAGAGAAAAGUCCACCUAAGGGAGAUGAAGGUCCAACAAUUCCGACUGGAUGGAGUGUUAAGUCAGAAGUUCAAAAGAAUGGUCCCAUAAAAAGGUCUUAUUAUUGUCCUGACACUGGGCAACAUUUCUAUACAUAUCCUAAUCUCAUCCGCUAUGUGAAUUAUGCUAAGCGAAAUCAGGUUGGCGCCUACAAACUGUGUAGUAAAUCAAUUAGAAAAAGGGAAGACGAAGCGCUGAAGAAAAAAACUUCCAUUGGUCGUAGGAAGACAUCAGCUGCCCUGUCAAUUCGUGGGAGACCACCACGUUCAUCAAACUCAGAUUCAUUAGCUGCUGCCAAGAAUGAUGGAUCUAUACCAUCCAGCUCUGGUGAAAAUAAUGAUGAGGAGAAAGAUGGGGAUUAUAUACCCAAGUAA